CUACGGAUUCUGUUUUCAUUUCUAAAGCGUUCAUCGUUUUCACUUCUGAAGCGUUCACCGUUUUCCUUGCUCAUAGUCGAUCACGGUCAGGAUCGAGUUCCUUGUUCCUUCUUGUCUGUCUGUCUGUCUGCCUGCCCAUCCGUUGUCUUUCACUACAAGUCAAUACAACCAUCUCACAAAAUGGAUGAGCAAGAGCACUAUUAUCUGGAAGAAGAAGAAGAAGAGACUAUUACUCAAGAGGAUUGUUGGGCUGUGAUCUCGUCCUUCUUUGAAGACAAGGGUCUUGUCAGACAGCAACUUGAUUCUUUUGAUGAAUUUAUCCAGAAUACCAUGCAAGAGCUAGUUGAUGAGAACUCAAACUUGAUUUUGCAAACGUCGAGCCAGCACACUGGCGCUGAGGGCGAUGUUACGAAACGUUAUGAAAUCAACUUUGGUCAAAUCUAUCUGUCUCGCCCUAGCAUGACCGAGGCGGACGGUUCGACACAGCCAAUGUACCCUCACGAGGCGCGUCUCCGCAGUUUAACCUAUGCAGCACCAUUGUAUGUUGAUAUGCAAAAGACUGUCAAAGUCGCUAACCCUCGCCAUGAACGGAACAAGGACAAGAUGAACCCCAACGAUAUGUUCAUUGAGGAAGAAGGGAACGAGGGUAGUGGAGCAAUGAAUAAGAUAUUUAUUGGGAUGGUUCCUAUUAUGCUCAAAUCGACAUAUUGUAUGUUGACAGGGCUGGAUGAUAGUGAGCUUCAGAAGAUGAAUGAGUGCCAAUAUGACCAGGGAGGUUACUUUGUGAUUAAUGGCUCUGAAAAGGUGUUGAUUGCCCAGGAACGAAUGGCAACCAAUACGGUAUAUGUGUUUAGUAAGCCUCAAGGAAAUAAAUACUCGUACACGGCAGAGAUUAGGAGCUCUAUGGAGCGAGGAUCCAAGAACGCGUCUCCAUGUUUUGUUAAAUUGCUUGCUCGUUCAGCUGAGCGUGCUGGUACUGGGCAGACGAUCGAAGCGACAUUACCAUACAUUAGAGAUGGUGUUCCAGUGGUGGUUGUUUUCCGUGCACUAGGUCUUGUCGCUGAUCGCGAUGUUUUGGAGCACAUCUGCUAUGAUAGGAAUGACUAUCAAAUGCUGGAAAUGUUGAAACCAUGUAUUGAGCAGGCGUUCGUUAUUCAGGACAAAGAAGUCGCACUCGAUUAUAUUGGCAAGCGUGGAACGACUGUCGGAGCCACCAAGGAUAAGCGAACCAGAUAUGCUACUGAAAUUUUGCAAAAGGAAUUUCUACCUCAUGUUGGAACUCAGUCGCACAACCAGACCCGUAAAGCCUAUUUCUUUGGAUAUAUGAUCCAUCGCCUACUGUUAGCUGCUCUCCAUCGUCGUGAUGUAGAUGACCGUGAUCAUUAUGGAAAGAAGCGCAUGGAUUUAGCUGGGCCUCUUUUGGGUGGACUUUUCAAAAUCCUGUUCCUCAAGCUUACAAAGGAUGUUAGCAAGUACCUCCGCAAGUGCAUUGAUUCGAACAAAGAUUUCGUUCUUUCGGUGGCAGUAAAAUCAAACACCAUUACCAAUGGGCUCAAGUACUCGCUCGCAACAGGAAACUGGGGGGAGCAAAUGAAGGCCAUGCAAUCCAGAGCUGGAGUAUCGCAAGUGUUAAACAGAUAUACAUUUGCCUCAACUUUAUCUCAUUUGCGUCGUUGUAAUACGCCAAUUGGGCGUGACGGGAAGAUUGCUAAGCCUCGCCAAUUACAUAACACUCAUUGGGGUAUGGUUUGUCCGGCAGAGACACCUGAAGGUCAGGCAUGUGGUCUAGUCAAGAACUUGGCACUUAUGACCACUAUUUCUGUCGGCUCGCCUUCAGCGCCCAUCAUUGAGUUUUUGGAGGAAUGGGGCAUGGAGAACUUGGAGGAGUUGACUGCGAACAAUAUUUUGGAUGCAACUAAGGUCUUUGUAAAUGGUGUCUGGGCUGGCGUUCACCGUGAUCCCAGCAGUCUAGUUAGUACACUGAAGCGUCUCCGUAGAAACCUAGAUAUCAACCCUGAGGUAUCGAUCGUCAAAGACAUAAGAGAGAAAGAGCUUAGGAUGUACACGGAUGCUGGACGAUGUUUGCGACCGCUGUUCAUUGUCGAAGAUCAAAGACUUUUGAUAAGGAAAGAGCAUAUAGAUGAACUCUCUCAGCCUAUGUACGUUAACGAGGAGGGCAAGACAGUGGAACCCUGGGGUUGGAAUGAUUUGUUAGCCAAUGGUAUUGUUGAAUAUGUAGACGCAGAGGAAGAGGAGACUAUCUUGAUCUGCAUGACCCCGGAAGACCUUGUAGAGUCUCGUCAGACGCAUCAUGUAAAGCAACCAAGAGAUGCAUCAGGAAGGCUCAAAGGAGCAUCCUCUGUAUCUUUGCAUACAUGGACACAUUGCGAGAUUCACCCAAGCAUGAUCCUGGGUAUUUGUGCUAGUAUUAUCCCCUUCCCCGAUCAUAACCAGUCACCUCGUAACACCUACCAGUCUGCUAUGGGCAAACAGGCCAUGGGCAUAUACGUGACAAACUACCAGGUUCGCAUGGAUACACUCGCUAAUAUCUUGUAUUACCCCCAAAAGCCACUCGCAACAACUCGCUCAAUGGAGUAUCUGCGAUUUCGAGAACUGCCAGCUGGUCAAAAUGCCAUAGUUGCCAUUCUCUGUUACUCGGGAUACAACCAAGAAGAUUCCGUGAUCAUGAACCAGUCUUCGAUUGAUCGCGGUCUGUUCCGUAGUUUGUAUUUCCGAACAUACAUGGAUCAGGAAAAGAAAGUCGGUAUGACCGUUAUGGAAGAAUUCGAGAAACCUACACGAGAGCAUGUGCUGCGUUUGCGCCAUGGGACGUAUGAAAAGUUGGAUGAUGAUGGUCUGAUUGCUCCUGGGACCAGAGUCUCUGGAGAUGACAUCAUCAUUGGGAAGACGAAGCCUAUUCCAGAAGAUUCGACUGAGUUAGGUCAGCGCACAGGAUCCCACUCCAAAUUGGAUGCAUCAACGCCACUUAAAAGUACAGAAACAGGUAUUGUGGAUCAAGUGAUGUUGACGACCAAUCAUGAAGGUGUUAAAUUCGUCAAAGUCCGCGUUCGUUCAACUCGUGUACCUCAGAUGGGAGACAAGUUCGCAUCUCGUCACGGUCAAAAGGGCACCAUUGGUAUCACAUAUCGUCAAGAGGAUAUGCCUUUUACAGCAGAAGGCAUCACACCCGAUAUUAUCAUCAACCCACAUGCCAUUCCUUCUCGUAUGACUAUCGGGCAUUUGGUGGAAUGUCUACUAUCUAAAGUUUCAACACUGGAGGGCAGUGAGGGAGAUGCAACGCCAUUCACUGAUGUCACUGUGGAGGCCAUAUCGGAGGCGCUUCGAAAACACAACUACCAGCAGCGCGGAUUCGAGGUCAUGUACAAUGGACAUACAGGACGUAAGCUGACAGCACAAGUCUUCCUGGGACCUACAUACUAUCAGCGUCUGAAACACAUGGUCGAUGACAAGAUACAUUCCCGUGCGCGUGGCCCCGUCCAGAUUUUGACGCGCCAGCCUGUUGAAGGAAGAAGUCGUGAUGGUGGUCUUCGUUUCGGAGAGAUGGAGCGUGAUUGUAUGAUUUCCCACGGAGUGGCCCAGUUUUUGAAAGAGCGUCUAUUUGAUGCAUCAGACGCGUAUCGGGUACAUGUUUGUGACCUUUGUGGACUCAUGGCAAUUGCAUCACUCUCCAAGAACAGCUUUGAGUGCCGAGCCUGCAAGAACACGACAGAAAUUUCACAGGUUCAUAUCCCAUAUGCCAUGAAGCUGUUGUUGCAAGAGUUGAUGGCUAUGGCAAUUGCGCCUCGCCUCUUUACCGUAGAUUCGAGUUUGAGACAAUAGUCGCAUUUUUGCAUACUCAAGGGGGUUCUGAUUUGAAAAAUGCUCAGCACUUUGAGAGGUAGUGGCAGAUUGUAGUGUGG